AUGUCAAAGGACAUAGAGGAGCAGCUUAAUGAUAAAGUGCGUGACAGCCGCUUUUCUCUGCAGAUGGAUGAAGCCACUGACAGUAACAAAGACUGUUUGUUGAUAACUUACGUCAGAUUCAUAGAUGGAGAUGACAUGAGGGAGGAAUUGCUUUUCUGCAAACAAAUUACUGGCAGAGCCACAGCAGAAGAACUGUUUAAAAUCAUUGACUCUUACUUGAAAGAGGCCAAUCUGAAAUGGGAGGACUGUGUGGGGAUCUGCACAGACGGGGCGCAGGCAAUGGCUGGGAAACGGGGAGGGCUGCAAGCGCUCAUCAAGCGCGUCAACCCCAAUGUGCAGUGGACGCACUGCAUGAUACACCGCGAAGCACUGGCGUCUAAACAGCUGAGUCCUGAGCUGAACGAUGUAAUGACCGACGUCAUUGCUACCGUCAACUACAUCAAAACACGACCUGUCAAAGCCAGGAUUUUUUCGGCACUGUGCGCGGAAAUGGGCUCCGACCACACAGCUGUUCUGUUUCACAGCGAGUCCCGAUGGCUGUCAUGUGGGAAGGUGCUGUCCAGGGUCUUUGAACUGGGGGAUGAAAUCGUCAUCUUUUUGAAAGAAGAGGGCAAUGAUCUUGCCCACAAAUUUUACUGUAAUAAGUUCCUCAUGAAACUUGCAUACCUCAGUGACAUGUUUCUGAAACUCAAUGAAGUGAAUUUGCAGUUGCAGGGCGCAAAUACACACAUCCCACAUCUGGCAGAUAAAAUCACAUCAUUCACCAGAAAACUUGAGAUGUGGCUACAUCGAGUGAAAGAUGGAAAUGUGGACUCAUUUGAGAACCUGAAAUCAUUCAUUGAAGAGAACAAACUGCAGAACACAGUGAUCCCAUGCAUGGAAGCACACAUCUCUGCCCUUCAGAAACAUUUCUAUAAAUAUUUCCUGAUUCAGGAAUCCAAAGAAUAUGACUGGAUCCGUGACCCCUUCAGUGCAACACCACCUGCCGACUUCAGCACAUCGGAGGAGGAACAGUUCAUUGAUGUCACCUCUGAUUCAACAAUGAGGCUGCAGUUUCAGUCAAAGACACUGGCUGCAUUUUGGAUUGGAGUGGAGAAAGUUUACCCACUGCUAGGUAAGAGAGCCCUGGCCAUACUUCUUCCUUUUGCCACAUCCUACCUAUGUGAGAUAGGUUUUUCUGCCGUGGCCUUCUGCUGUGGCCUCAAUCAAGACAAAAUACAGAUCAAAGCUGGACAUUGA